UGAAAAGUGAAAACCCCCAAAUUAAUUAAAACUAUUUGGAGAUGCCUCUUUUGUAUAGCUAGACAACCCUUUUCAAGAUUCAUUUCAUUUCAUUUCAUUUCCAGAGUAACAACAAAUUUCUACUGUCUCAGAAACCACCCUUCAAUCGUACACUUGCUAUAAUCACUUAAUCUUCAUCGUACUUCCUUAGUCCCUUCUCCCAGUUUCAUCAGUGCUACUUUCAGACACAGACACACUCUCACAGACACAGAGAUAUCUAGAGAGAGAUCUAGAGAGAGAGAGAUCCAGGGACAUUUCAACUACCCCUCAGUACAACUUAACCCUAACUAACACUCUGUUUGUGGAUCUGAUCUGAUCAAGUGAGAAGAAGACAAUUUUGUUACGGGAAUUCAUAGUUUUAGUCAAACGGUUUGAAAGAAAAAGAGAUAAGGUUUGGAGUAGUGGCAGUAGUAGUAGUGUUUAUCUUUUGGAAUUUUAUUUUUGGGGUUUUUAGAUCUCUUUCUUGAAAAUUGCAAGAAAUUUUAUAAAGUGUUUUGGGAAUUGAAUUUUUUAUUUUAUUUUGGAAUUUUGGUGUUUGAAAAUUUGUUUAAUAAUUUAUUUGAUUUUGGGAGGUGAAAUUAGGGUUUGAAGACUCGGCCAUGGCGAGUAGGUGGUGGGUAGGGAGAAACGAAAACGAUGUCGUUUGGGAUGUGGGAGGCGGACGAAACCCUAAUCUCCAAAACCCUCGCAACGGUCAAAAUCAAGAAAUCGAUGAAGAGGAGAUCAGGCCGCCGGCGCCGCCGUCGGGAGAUCUCGAAUUCGCGGAGCCGUCGUCCUCCUCCGCCGGCCGGCGGCCGCGCGGCCGGCCGCCGGGGUCGAAGAACAAGCCGAAGCCGCCGGUGGUAAUAGCGAAAGAAACUCCGAACACGCUCCGAAGUCACGUGCUGGAAAUCAGCAGCGGCAGCGACGUCGCCGAGAGCAUCGCCGCCUUCGCGCGGCGGCGCCGCUGCGGGGUUUCGAUCCUCAGCGGCACCGGCGCCGUCGCUGACGUGGCGCUCCGGCAGCCGGCGGCGCCGGGCGGAGUGAUUACUCUGCAGGGGAGAUUCGAGAUAUUAUCGCUAUCAGGGGCGUUCCUCCCCGCGCCGUCGCCGCCGGGCGCCGCCGGUCUGGCGGUGUAUUUGGGCGGUGGGCAGGGGCAGGUCGUCGGCGGCACGGUGGCGGGGGCGCUGACGGCGUCGGGGCCGGUGAUGGUGAUAGCGGCGACGUACACAAAUGCCGUUUAUGAGCGGCUGCCUUUGGAGGACGACGACGCCGCCGCCGCCAUUGAGGAAGAGCUUCCGGCUGAGCAACCAAAGGCGGCGGCGGCGGCGUUGCCGGCGAUGUAUAAUAUAGUUCGAAAUGAUGGAUUUUGUGGUCCUGAGGCAUGCCCAGCUCCUCCUUAUUGAAGCUAAUUAAAAUGGGUAAUUAUUGAGUGAAUAUUCUGCAGACAGAUUACCGCCCAUUGAUCUCUGCAAUAACAAGAAAUCUGGAAGCUGUAAUAAGGUUAGACUAUUAUUAUUAUUAUUAUUAUUAUUAUUAUUAUUAUAAGUUAUUAAAAUGUAUUUUGUGAAAUUAAUUUUUCUUAAUUUUCAAUGGCUUCCUCUUGUCUAGAUCGGGGAAAGAUUUGUGUCUGGUUGAAUACUUUAAGCGAGUUAAAUUAUUUAACCAGAAUUCGAUUUGUUUAAAUUCGUUUAUUAUCGUGUCGGGCUCGGGUUGACUCGCGUUGACCCUUAUACAUAAUUAAGUUGAAAUUUUUUAUCAAAUUAAAUUAUUUUUUGUGGUGUUUUUCAUAUUAUGAUAGUUUUUAUUGGUUUGAGCGUAGGUUGAAUUAUUUAAAAUUUAAUUUAAUUUAAAUUAAUUUAUGAGAAAAUUAUUAAAUUAUGAAUAUUUUACAUAUAUAAUAAAUAUAUCAAUCAAUAUUAAUAUAUUAUAAUCGGGGUUGUCGUGUCGGGUUCGAGUUGAGAGUCUCAACCUUAACCCUUACCCGUUUAUUAUUGUGUCCGGUUCGCAUCAACUUGUAUAUAUAUAAUCGGGUUGAAAUUUUUGACUCAAAUUCAAUUAUUUCGUGUCGAAUUCGUAUCGGAUUGUAGUGUGGGUCAAUUUUUGUCAGCUCUACUCUCGUCACAUUCUUCGUCAGUUUCUAGAUUUAGUUUAUUCGUAUUAUUUUACUUGUGAUUCGUCAUCCGGAAGAAUUAACAUACUCCUUCCGCCCAUUAAAAUUAGACUAUUUGGAUUCGUCAUGGGAAUUAAAAAAAAUAUAUAUUUUAUUAAAAAACUGAUAGAUAGUUGAGGGUAUUUUUGAAAAUUUAAUUAAAAGUAAAUUAAAUGAAGAGAGAUAAUGUAAUAAAGUUAGUGAUAUUUGGUGUAAAUAAGUGUUGAAUAGAGGAUAAUAAUUAAAUAUUGAUGUGUCGAUUUUGCCAAAAUUAAUAAUUAGAUAAAUUUAGUGAAUAAAUUAAAAAAAAAAGUGAGAAUAAAUUUAAGAGACGGAGGGAGUACAUUUUUUUAAUAAGAUGGGAAAGAAUUUAAAUAAGUUAUGCAAGAAAACACACUUUUAAUUAUUUUUUCCUUUACCUCAUCUCAAGAUUUUAUAGUAUAUUGAAAAAUAAUACUAGUAGUAUUAAUAUUUUAUUUAUUAAAGAAAAUGUAUAUGAGAUUUUGAUAUUUUUGUCCUUUAAUUUUAAUCGUAAAGUAAUUAUAUAUGUAACCA